AUGGAGGAGUGGGGCUGGAGCGGGAGCAGCACCGACUCCCCGAGCAGCAGCAGCAGCAGCGACGGGGAGUCCGGGCCCCCGGGGGACAGCCCGGAGCCGGGCCCAGGCCCAGGCCCGGAGGCUCCUCUCCGCCUGAAUGUGGGCGGUAUGCGGUUCGUGCUGGGCCGGCAGCAGGCAGCCCUGUUCCCGGGCAGCCGCCUGGGGAAGCUGGCGGUGUGCCGGCGCCUGGAGCACGGCCUGGGGCUCGCCGAUGAUUACUCCGCCGACAGCGACGAGUUCUUCUUCGACCGGGACCCCGCGGUGUUCCGGGAGGUUUGGCAGCUUUACCGGAGCGGGCGGCCGGGCCCGGGCCUGGGGCUGGGGCUGGGGCCGGGCCUCUGCUCCCGCCGGCACCGCUCCGAGCUGCGUUACUGGGGGGUACCGAGAGCCCGGGCCCCGCGCUGCUGCCGCCUCCUGCUGCGGGAGAGGCGCCAGCGGGAGGCCGAGGAGGAGCAGCUCCGCCGGCAGCUGCAGGCCGUGCUGGGCCUGGGCCUGGGCCCGGGCGAGUCCCCGGGCUCGGGUCCCUGGCUGUCCCGCCUCCGGGGCCGCCUCUGGCAGCUCCUGGAGAGGCCGCCGUGCUCGGUGCCGGGCCGCCUGCUCUGGGUGUCGGGCUGCCUGACCGUGCUGCUGUCCAUCACGGUGCUGAUCCUGGGCACGGUCCCGGAGCUGAGCGGGAGGCCGGGGCCUACCCUGUGGCUCCUGGAGGCGGCCUGUAGCUGCGCCCUCAGCGCCCAGCUGCUGCUCCGCCUGCUCUCGGCCCCGGAGCCGCGCCGCUUCCUGCUCCGGCCCCUCAACCUCACCCACCUGCUGGCGCUGCUGCCCUUCUACAGCGAGCUGGCGGCCGGCUCCCCGGGGCCUGGGCAGCACAGCCGCCUGCUCCGGGCCGCCCGCCCGCUCCGGGUGCUCCGGGUACUCACCCUGGCCCGUUACUCCACCGGCCUCCGGGCGUUCGGCUUCACCCUGCGCCGCUGCUCACAGCAGGCCUGCUGCCUCCUGCUCUUCAUGGCCCUGGGCAUCUUCACCUUCUCCGCCCUGGUUCACCAGGCCGAGCACCACCUCCCCGGAACCAACUUCAGCAGCAUCCCCGCGGCCUGGUGGUGGGCGGCGGUUAGCAUUUCAACAGUGGGUUAUGGAGACAUCACUCCUGAGUCGCUGCUGGGUCGAGUCUUUGCGUUUGCCUGUAUUUUCUUUGGGAUCAUACUCAACGGCAUGCCCAUUUCCAUGCUUUUUAACAAGUUCUCAGACUAUUAUGCUAAACUGAAGGCGCUGGAACGGGCUUCAGUGCUGAAAGAAAGGGGAGGAAUUGCUCUGAAAGACCGGGCUCGGAGAAAGCUGGUCCAGUGUUGUGAAAACCCGGCCUCCAGGGACUGAGAGACGCGAAGAUGUGAAAUCCAGUGGGAAAUCAGGAAACAUCGACAUCUUUAUGUUCAGAUUGCACGUGUCAUCUGCUGACCCUCGAGUUUCUUCCUUUAGCAAUCCUGAUCAGUGAGUUUGUGGAUAUCUGUGGUUAUAGUGACCAUAUACAAAAAAACUGGAUCCUGGCCCGGCGCCUCACAUUCACCAGAGAAGUGCAUCCCUUUAUCAGUUAAUGAAGUUAACUCAUUUCAGACAAAGGUACCAAACGCAACAUGCUCGUGAACUCUCCGGCUGAGGGGCUCGGGAUUGCUACUUCUCUGUUGAAAUCAACUUGUUAACAUUCUGAUCUGGUUCUAAAAUAAUUGACAACAAGUAUGAGUUGCCUAUCCACAGGGAAGUCACCAUUUCAUGGAAAGUACUUGCAUUCCCAUUUCGGAUGAUGUAGAAAUAAAAUUGUUGAAUUCGGGUUUUCGGACCCUGAAGCAAUAUCACUGAGCUGCUUCCCAUUGGGAAUAGUAGGUGGGCAGAUUAGAUGGUUAGAGCGUAGAUAUUUCUUAACAAUAAACUCUGAACCUAGUGUUUCUAUGUAUACAACUGGAGACAGUAAUCAGUGUUAACAUGCAAGAAACCACAGCAAGUCGUGGGCAAAGCCCAGACCAUCACGGGGGCCAAUCUUCCAUCCGUGGAUUCCCGCAGAAAGGCUGCCAACAUCAACUCCUGCGUCCUCUUCCGUCAGGCAGGAGCUAGAAGCCUGAACACGUGGACGCUCUAGCCUCAAAUAAUGCCGUCCUUGCUAACGGUGAUCUCACCUACUACACACCCUGUGCAAUAUAACCUAUAUGACUCUAAGUAUUUUUAAUCUGUACAUCCUUGCUUACUAUGACCUACUUGUUACUGCUCGUAAACAAAGGUCUUCACCAUAGUUUGGUAAACGUGACAAUAAAUCAGUUAAAACAAUAAAUAGUUCUACACUGAUAGUAUUAACGUGCAAUAAAUGAAGUUAUACACAA